UUCGUUUUGAUACCAACAUGAAUACACUUUUCAAUCGGUUGUAAGAUUAUCUGUAAGCAAAGUCAACAGAGUUGAAUAUGAUAUGCAUAUUUCUGUUUUGCAGGAUCAAAGGAUUCUGAUGCUUCGUACCUGAAAACUGCAUCGAUUUGCACUAGUCUAAAAUCAAUUAUUAAAGGAUGUGCAUUAGUAAAUAGUGAAACACGUGCUUAGAAAAAAGGAAAAGAAUUCAUUGCAGGACGAAGUGUGAUUAAUGUUUACAAAGUUUGUUCUUGGAUUUUACUUUUUAAAAAGUUGAUAUGGAUGUAUAAAGAAUAUUAUUUAUGGCAAAAAAGUUUGAUAGUACAUGAGAGAGUUUUGAUAUUUCAUGAGAAAUGUGUAUUCGAUAAAUUAGAUGACAAGAAUAACAAUGUUUACAUUAUCAGGAUUAAUAUUAGUGACAGUUGUACAUUGUGUAAUAGGGACAGAUCUUCUACAAACUGCACUUCUAAGUAAUGCUGGAGACUCAAGAACACCAGUAUUUAUAGAAGAACCAAAAGAUCAUUACUAUAUCGUCAAAAAUUUACCCAUAAUUAUAGAGUGUAGAGCUAUAAAUGUAGUACGGAUAGGUUAUAGAUGUGCUGGGCAAUGGCAAUUACAUGAGCGAAAACGGGAAGAAGUUGAUCAAAAGUCUGGAGUCAAAGUUGUGAUAUCAACAUUAGAAGUAACGAGAGAUGAGGUGAAAGAAUAUUAUGGCGGCAAUGAUUUCUGGUGUGAAUGUCAUGGUUACUCAACACCUAAAAUGUUAGAGGAAGAGGGAGCCAUUGUCAGCAGCAGAGGGACAGUGGAAGUUGCAUAUUUGAGGAAAAAAUUUGAAAGAGAGCCAAUUUCGGUUGGUGCAGAGCUUGGACAAACAGCAGUUUUACAGUGUCUUCCACCAGAGGGAAAGCCUUUACCUGAGGUUUUUUGGUUGAAAGAUGGAGAAGAACUGGACAAGGAAAAGUUGACCAAGCUGAACUAUAUUGUGUCACAUGAUGGAAACCUUAUGAUAAGUCAGACAAAACUUGGGGAUGCUGGGAACUAUACAUGUGCUGCUAGGAAUAUAGUCAUUAAAAAGAGAACCUGUUCUGGAUGCUCAGCUACAUUGACGGUCUAUAUAAAUGGAGGCUGGUCAUCCUGGAAUCAGUGGUCAGAUUGUUCAGUCAAGUGCGGUAAAGGGACGAAGAGGAGGAUUAGAUCCUGUACAAAUCCUUCACCAUUUUAUGGUGGCAGUCAUUGUGCAGGUGAAGAUAAACAGGAAGAAGACUGUUCUACCCUUUGUCCAGUUCAUGGAGGUUGGACUUUGUGGAGUUCAUGGUCAACAUGUAGUCCAGACUGUCUUCAUCAUCGUAGAAGGUCAUGUGAAAAUCCUUCACCUUCAAAUGGUGGAGGAUACUGUUUUGGCAAUGACCUUGACAGUACAAACUGUACAGGAGGAAUGUGCAGAGGAAGGCCAAGGUUACCAGUAGGGUCAAGUACUCUGUCUGACACCAGUGAUAGUGGGCCGAGAAGAGAUGAUGGCAUGGUUAGACCAGUUGCUCCAAAUGAGGCCCAGAAAGGAAACAUCGCCAUAUAUGUUGGACUGUGUGUGUCAUUUGCUGCCCUGAUAACAGUUGUUGUGAUUGUAGUGGUGUUUAUCAGACGGAGGAAUCGCCAUCAUCAUGGUAUGUUGGAUGGCUACUCAAGUGGAAGUCCAAAUUCUCCCAGCCUGUCAUCCAACGAUGAGAAGAAGAUUAAUAAAAAUGGAACAGAUAUGAUAUCGGUUCAGCCAGACCUGACACAAACCAUGGUCUCUAUUCCAUACCAGAGCGCCACACCUAGUCCAGAACCACCAAAUAAUAAUCUCAUCAGUUCUGUUGAAAAUAUUUACGACAAACCAGAUAUAAAUUUAGAUCACAGACAUUCUAAUUCUUUGAUAAACGCUGGACAGCCAUAUGCAGAAUCGUCUAUUUCGAAUCAUUCUGUAUCAAAUCAUUCGUCUCAUCAUUCAGCUGAUCAGAUGUCAGAUAAAAACACAAUGACAAUGAGUGCCGUAGGGGCCAGACCCCCAUCAUUCAGUGAUAGUGCCAUGGACAAUCGUAACUCAAUGAUUUCUUUACAGUUGCCUAGCAACAUUGAUAUGGAAGCUGUAGUAUGGGGGACGUUUAAUCACAUGGGAGGAAGGCUGGUCCUUCCUGAAUCUGGUGUUAGUUUAACCGUUCCAGAAGGAGCUAUCAAAAAAGGACAUUCAGAAGAAUUUUUCUUAGCCGUUUGUCGUGAUGACAAAGAUCGUCCCAAAUUGUUAGAUCGACAGACAAUAAUUAGUCCUGUAAUAUUAUGUGGACCUGGUCAGCCCGGAGUUUUAAAGAAAGCCUGUAUUUUAUCUUUCCAACAUUGUGCCAAUAUGAGACUUGGAGGAUGGAUGCUGUCAUUGUGUGGCAGUGACACAUCCCCAGACGAACCACCAAGGUGGCAUAGAAUAGUUACGUUAGGCCAAGAGACAAUAAAUACCUCAGUAUAUUCACAGUUAGACCCCACACAUUGUCACAUAAUGACAGAACAGUUGAUGAGAUAUGCUUUGAUAGGAGAAUCGAUACCAGGGGGCAGGGCUGUGAAAAUCCUACGAUUAGCAGCCUUUGCUGCAACACAGAAUCCGUCUUUGGACUUCAGCAUUCGAGUCUACAUGGUUGAAGAUACAAAGGAUGCUCUUGAGAGCGUGAUCCAAGAAGAAAACAGAUAUGGUGGUAGAUUACUUGAUAAACCAAAACAAAUUCCAUUCCAAGAUGGGGGACACAAUCUAUGUCUUACAAUAGAGGAUCUUCCUCAAGGCUGGAGAAGUAAAUUAGCUGCUAAUUACCAGGAAAUUCCGUUUCAACAUAUAUGGAGUGGUAACCAGAAUAAUCUACACUGUUCAUUCUCACUGGAGAUGACAGAACGAGGAUUAAAUAAAGUCUCCUGUAAAAUACAAGUCUACCAGAAAGCUAUUCUUAGUAACAGACAGGUGCUAAAUAUCUUCAACAAUUUUAAAGAGAAACCCUUACCAUUACAGACGCCAACUUCAACAUUAAAAGGACGAUCAUCAACAGUGACAACAAAUUCUAGUUCAGGGUAUAACUCAAUGGUUACACUAGAUCCUGCUGGAAAUAACUUUAGGUUACCGAGUCAUAUUCGGUACCAGUUAUGUCUAUUAUUAGAUCCACCUAAUGCCAGAGGCAAUGAUUGGAGAAUGUUAGCACAAGCUCUAACUGUAGACAGAUAUGUUCAAUAUUUCGCAACUAAACCUUCACCUACAGAGCACAUAUUGGACUUAUGGGAGGCACGUCAUCGGGAAGAAUCUGCAAUAACUGACUUAAUGAAUAUUUUCCGUGUUAUGGGACGAUUGGAUGUUGCUGCAGUUUUAGAAAAAGAUAUGGGGUCAUGGUUAUGACAGCGGAAGUAUUCAUGUGCUAUGCAAGUGUAAAUGUGAUGAGUGGUAUCUAAAUUGUGAUAAAAUGAACAAAUGAUGCUUGGCCGAAAAUGCAUGAGUGCAUGACUCCUGCCGUUAUGCAAAAGAGUGCUGUACCAUAGAAGGAUUGAUGAAGGUGGAUGCAUAUAUAUUCUUUCUCAACGAGUGCUAUACUUUUGUCGCCUAUUCUUGCUAUAAAAUAGGAAAAUGACACUUAAAGGUGCAUUUUUGCUUCAGUAUCAAAAAUAGUUGGAACCGAGGAAUGGGAAAAAGACAUGUGCUAUUAUGCCGAAAAUAUGGAAUAAAACAUUCUGCGAAUUUAUAUAAUUGUUUUACAAUUAAAAACUCAAAUCUGACUUUAAAAAGCAGAUUCAAUAAAUUAAUAUCAAAUGAAUGCAAUAAUUAGUCACUAUGCAUUAAGACUGUAACCAUAGCAACAUGCCAAGACACUGGAGACAAUAAUAUUAUAGACAGUGCUGUGUUGAGAUUAUUAAGGCAUUCAACAGCUUAUGAAUAUGCAUGAACUACAAUAUGCAAAUUUCUUCCAAAUAGUUGUUGAAAAGGAAGAUAACAUUGUUUAUUGUCUCAUUUUAGAAGGCUGUGAUGAUUAUAUAUAAUUAUUAAUUCCAUGUUGUUAUAGAAAUUUUCUUAUUCCAAAAACAUUUCUUUCAAGGUUAUAAUAGAGGAAAAUGGCUUAAUGUGGCACUUUGAAAUUCAAUGCUUAAUUUUAAUAAUAAUUAAGUGUUAUUUUACUUUUUGGUUAAUCUUGCCAUGUAGAAUUUUUAUUUUGUUUUACUGAACACAAAAAUAAUAUUUAUUAUCUUUUAUUUUGUCUCUACUGUUUUAGUAUCACAGAGAUAUAGAAGUAAUAUUGACUGAAAUUUUGAAAGUGCUAUUGAUGUGUUAUUUUUCAUACAUGUAAAAAUUUAUAGAUAUGAAACAUGUUUAUGAAAAAAGAAAGAGCUACCCUGUGGUAGUUAUAUCAUUGAUUGAGUUUGUUGAUCCAGCAAUAAAUGUUUGAUAAAUGUAUUUUAAAAUCAAAAUUUUUAUAAAAUGUGAUCAGUCGUCUUGUCAUUUUGAGAGAAAUUACAUCACAAAUUAUGUUUUCUAGUCAUUUUGGUGUGGAAGAUACAUAUCACUUCUUCAUUUCAUGUAUGUUUGAGACAAACAUUGGAAGGAUUUGUUACAUUUCAGUAGUUAGCUUUACAUUGUUAUUUCAAAUAGU